CACAGUCUUAGUCUACAAGGCUCACCUUACAACCAUCGCAGGAGCGGCAGGGGAAGCAACUGGCGAAAACCAGUACCCACUGCCAAAAGAAUUGGACACUUCGCCGAUCGCCAGCCUCUGGUCCAUCACAAUUUAGAAAACAUCCCACUUCCCUAUGCUGACGACUCUACCCCCGUCACACCCUCGUCCGAAGAUCUAUGCAACUAUAACUUCGUCAGAAACGUGCCCAAUGGUCACCGGUUCAGCUACCCUUCCCAAAGAAGACCUGGAGUUCCAGGACCAGAUGGUCCAGGAGGAGCCCGGCAGACUUGCAGCCGAAGGAGCAGCUUUACGUCCAACCACAGCCGGACCUCGAGAACCAGCCGAGACUCCCAGGCAGGUGAUCAUAGCAAGAUGGAGACACUUCUCAACAUUAAGAAAUAUAAAGUCCCGGAUGUUGUACUGGACAAGUCCAAGCUAGAGAAAGAUCAAGACUCGGUGAGCAGCGGGUCUGGACAUGGACCUGAGAAAGAGAAGACGUCUGAGAGCAACCCUUUUCUCAGUCACUCCCCUGGCGGGCCCAAUGUGGAGAUGAAAGGUUUUGCCAGUAUGGCCAGCAUCCACCAGAAAACCAUGAAAGACGUGAUGUGGAAGUAUUUCUGUACCUGGGACUGCCAUCCCAACUUCCAGAAGCUUCAGCGUAUUGUCAAUUUAUUUAUCAUGGAUGCCUUCAUCGAUCUCUUCAUCACUGUAUGCAUUUUAGUCAACACUUUCUUCAUGGCACUGGACCAUCACGACAUGGAUGAGAACUUGAAGAUGGUCUCCAAGAAAGCCAAUGAGGUGUUUACAGCUAUUUUUGCUGCGGAAGCAUUCUUGAAAAUCUUAGCCCUGAGUCCUGUGAUUUACUUCAAGGACGGCUGGAAUAUCUUUGACUCCAUCAUCGUGGUCCUGUCCCUGAUGGAACUCAGCAUGGAGGAAAUCAAGCUGCCUGGUCUUUCCGUCCUCAGAGCUUUCAGAUUG